GUUUCGGAGGCGGCAUCCCGCUUAUCGGCCGUCCUGGAGGUGGCUGACGUGGCGGGUUGUCGUGCCAAGCUGGCCUCCCUGGAGCAUGAUGCGGCGGGUAACGGGCUGUGGGGGGAUGCUACCCGGGCACAGAAGCUGCUGGCGGAGAUCGGCACACUCAGAUCCGAGAUCCAGGAGUUGGAUCGGUUCGGGAGCCUGUUGGAGGAGUGCCUCUUCGCGGUGGAGCUGUUGGAAGCCGAGGCGUCACCCUGUAGCAGCAGUAGCAAUAAUGGCGACGGCAGCAGCAGUAGCAGCAGUGAAGGCGGCCUUGGUCUGAAUGGCGAUCAGGCGCUCAUCGCCCGGGAGGCGGCCACCAGCUUGCGACAACUCAACCAGGGACUGGAUGGUUCGUGUUUCUGCUCUCACUCCUCCUCCGCCGUCACCAGCACUAACGGCUUUGGCAUUGCCCCCACCAUCAUCACAACAAUCAGUUGGGAGUUGCGGCGGUUGCUGAGUGGGCCCUAUGACGACCGGGGGGCCCGGCUGGUCAUCUCCGCCGGGGCGGGGGGUGUGGACGCCAUGGACUGGGCUGAGAUGCUGGAGAGGAUGUACCUGCGCUGGGCUGAGCAGCAGGGCCACGGUGUCCGGCUGGUGGACCGGGCCCCGGGGGAGGAGGCGGGGGUAAAGUCGGUGGAGCUGGAGGUGGCGGGGCGCUACGUGUACGGCUACCUGCGGGCGGAGAAGGGCACCCACCGGCUGGUGCGCAACUCGCCCUUCAACGCCAAGGGGCUGCGGCAAACCAGCUUUGCGGGCGUUGACGUGAUGCCGGUGCUGGGUCCCGGGGACCUUCCGGAUCUGGAUCUGAACGAGCGGGAUCUGGAGUUCAGCACCAUGAGGUCGGGUGGCAAGGGGGGCCAGAACGUCAACAAGGUAGAGACAGGUGUGCGCAUCGUGCACCUGCCCACGGGCAUCUCCGUCAAGUGCACUCAGGAGCGCAGCCAGAGCCAGAACCGCGAAAUAGCCAUGGACAUACUUAAGUCCCGGCUGCUGGUGGUGCUCGAGGAACAGAACGCCCGCCGGGUGGCGGAGAUCCGUGGGGACCUCGUGAAGGCGGAGUGGGGACAGCAGAUCCGGAACUACGUGUUCCAUCCCUACAAGCUGGUCAAGGACACCCGCACGGGCGUGGAGACGUCGGACGUGGCGGCGGUGCUGGACGGCGACCUGGCGGACUUCAUGGCGGCCUACCUGCGAAUGAAGGGCCGCAAGGCGGUGGGAGCUAGCCUGGCUGCGGAGGGCGGCAGUAGCUGAAGGCAAAAUAUGAUUCGUCAUGCGGUGGUGGUGUGUGCUCAGCCCUGCGCUGGGGUCGACGUGCAAGGCGGUCGUCGCAUGGAGAGUGUGAGGCGUUCUGCUGCCGCUACUGCUGCCGCUGCUUACCUCUCCCCCGCUGCCUCGGCGGCUCGAGCCGUACAAAAGCCUUUAUGCAACUAAACUCGGCUCUGUAAACUCGCCUCAAGGG